GCAUGGAUGGCACCGGAAGUGAUCCGCAAUGAGCCCUGUUCUGAGAAAGUGGAUGCAUGGAUGGCACCGGAAGUGAUCCGCAAUGAGCCCUGUUCUGAGAAAGUGGAUAUUCUUAUCAUUUGUCAGAGUUUUGGUGUCGUCUUAUGGGAACUGAUGAACUGCGAGAUCCCUUAUCGAGACGUUGACUCGUCGGCCAUUAUAUGGGGUGUCGGCAACUCGAGUCUCACUCUACCCGUUGCCACCAAAUGCUUUCCCGAAGGCUUUCAGCUACUGAUGAAACAGUGUUGGAAUGCAAAGGCACGCAAUCGGCCCUCAUUUAAGAACAUUAUAAUGCAUAUCGAGAUCGCGGCCAACGAGUUGGUCAACAUUGAACCCGACGAGUACUUUAAGCUGCAGAUCGAUUGGCGCGAAGAGAUUCAAUACAAUGAGUUCAAUGAAAGUCAAUCGAUAACUCUUUUGCAUAUAUUGAGUUUUGGUGUUGUCUUAUGGGAACUGAUGAACUGCGAGAUCCCUUAUCGAGACGUUGACUCGUCGGCCAUCAUAUGGGGUGUCGGCAACUCGAGUCUCACUCUACCCGUUGCCACCAAAUGCUUUCCCGAAGGCUUUCAGCUACUGAUGAAACAGUGUUGGAACGCAAAGGCACGCAAUCGGCCCUCAUUUAAGAACAUUAUAAUGCAUAUCGAGAUCGCGGCCAACGAGUUGGUCAACAUUGAACCCGAC